AGGCCAAGGAAAGGUGCCAGUAUAGCUGAGUAUCAACACCACCCCUCCGCAGAGACCACAGAUAUUGCGACGUCAUAGCAAGGCUAAGGUCGCAAGUGAGAGCUGCAGAACACUGGCUCAUCGCCCCUGUCAGUAGGGUGCUUCAGAUUGGUUCCGACGAGACGCGUAUCAUGCGUAGUACAAAGCUCUGCCUAAAACAGCAGCGUUAAGACACGUGGUGGGAUCAGGUGUAUCCCAUAUUCAGCUUUCUCCACCUUCAAGCGAUGAUGCGUCUAUCCACCUGCGUCGUUAUUGUCCUUCUCUGCGCAGCGGCUGCCACUGUCGCUGCAACAUCGGCACCAUCUACAGAGGCUGCGAUGGCACCAACUCAGCCCAGCCUAGAACACCCACCCGCGGCGCAACCCACGCCCGAGUUAGUGCAAGCACUAAAAGGCGUAGUGAACGACUUCCUGGGAAGCCCGCGAAGCCCCCUAACAAGGAGGCUGAUUGCAGCGAAAGUUUCAUCCGGCUGCACUGUAGGCCUCAUGAAGUUGCUGCGGGCUUUCAGGAAUAUGGAACCCUGGGCGUACAGACUGUUAGAUGCCACAGGAAAGUAUCCGACUGGGCUGCUUCAAGGCACCCUUUCGGACGUUGGAGCCUUCGACGAAUGCAUUGAGACGGUAGUGCGGGAUUACUAUGGACGAGAAACGGCACGAGCCCAGUACUGCAAUGUGUACCUGGAUGGCAACGCCACUGAGGUGCUCAGGUACCUGACUCCAGCCAUCAUAAUGUCACACCCAAGGGCCAUCGAUUUCGCAUUAGAAAGUGGAAACAACAGGUUCGUCGAAGGCGUACGCAUCGGACUUUGCUUCAUUACCGACUGUACCCAAAAGGAUAUACAAAGUCUUCUGCAAUCGCUGGUCCAUGGAACGAUCGAUCUUGACGUGAAGGACUGCGUAACCAGCUUGAAGCCUCCAAUGACCAAGACGCAGACUUUGAUAGUGGUUGGCUUAGGGGUCCUGGCAGCGGGCAUUUGCGUGAGCACCGCCUUUGACAUUUACCUGAGCCGCACGAAUGCGAAUACAAGUUUUCUAGUGAAACUCCUCACAACAUUCUCACUGCGAUUAAAUCUGGAGACUCUCCUAGUUGGGGUCAACGACAAAGAGUCUGACGCCUACAUGUACAGAUUUUUUCAUGGUCUGCGAUUUUUCAGCAUGUUUAUGAUCGUCUUCGGCCAUUCAUACAACAUAUUCGAUUUCAUCAAUACCUCCCGCAUGGUGAAUGCUCUGCAUUAUGCCGACAGCAUCAGUUUUUCUCUGGUUAUGACUGGAUACUUGAGUGUGGACGUCUUCUUCUUUCUGAGUGGUUUCCUUCUCGCCUAUAAUAUUGAACCAAAGCGUGACAACAUUCUACUGACGGGACUCAUUGCCAUUGUACGGCGCCAUAUUAGGACUACAGCCCCCGUCUUUUUUGCCAUGGUGUGUUGUUUAUUGGUGCCACAAAUCGCAUCCGGCCCUAAUCUGAAGCCACUGAUGGAAAAAUUCUACUAUGAAUUUCGUAACCAGUGGUGCCAUAUUCUGCUCCAAGUUCGCAACCUCUACAGUGAAACAGAAAUUGGGAUGUUUGGCCACCUGUGGUUCGUUGCAGCAGACUUUCAAUUAUUUAUUUGGGCUUUGCCAACUAUCCUAAUACUUAAAAGACACUUCUGGGCCUUAAUUGCGGCCUUUUUUAGCUUCAGCCUGCUGUGUUGUUCAGUGACAGCCUGGCAGGUUGUCAAUACACCUUACCCUCCUUUCAUGACCCCGAUUGUGGCAGACAUCAGCAUUCUUCUGGACACUCUAAACUACGUGUACGUCCUGCCUUUUUAUCAUGGCAUGUGCUACUUCGCCGGAUGUGUGACGUACUUUUUGUUGAAGAAAUACGGCCAAGUCAAGAUAUCACAGAUGAAGCAGAUUGGAAUGUGGUGCCUAACGCUCACCUGCGCACUCGCAACUGUGUUCCUGAAAUAUGACUGGAACCGUGGCCGUGGUCCACCCGGGGAAUGGAUAAAAAUUCCACUAGCGUUCAUCGACAGGCUGAUGUGGUCGUUUUGCAUCGGCUGGACAGUAUUCGCUUGCUCAACAAGAAGAGGAGGUGUCCUCUGGAAUUUUCUAUCCUGGAGGGCGUUUGUUCCUCUCAGUCGCCUAUGCUUUGGAAUAUAUAUCGUUCACGUACCGUUGUUCUUCAUCAAGUCAAACAUAGCUCGAGAGCGGAUAUUCUACUCUCACUUUACCUUGGUGCUCCAAACGUUUGCCGUGUUUGUGACAUCGUCCCUUCUAAGCCUUACGAUCUAUCUUGCCUGCGAAGCACCAGUGGGUCGUCUGGAGAAGAUGUUUUUGAUGCCGAAUCGAAAAGAAGAAAAAGCUCACCGCGUUUGUAGAGGAAAACAAAUCAACAUUAUGCGAAAACUUCCGUGUACGAUAAAGGACACAGACCUCGUGAACACGAAGGAGCAAAAACCGAACAUUAAAGAAUAUUCGAGUCGUUUGUGAA